UAUGAUUUCAGUCUUUUGAGUUGAGUCGUGGCUGUCACUUCGUAGCAUAGGCAAAUAUUCGUAAUUUGGUAAAUAACAAAACUGCUACAGAUGAAAAACGGAAGCAACCAAGAAUCAAAUAAAGAAAAAAAAUACAAGUAACUAAAGGCAAAGUGUGCUGGAAAAGUUGCGAAACUGUUCAGCAGAAAACCAAGUGUUCACUCAAUACAAUUAAAAAAUUGAAGAAAAAAGUUUAGCAUUUUCUUUAAAUCGCUGACUUGAUUGUGCCGUUGAUGAAAAUAUCAAUGCAAUAAGCGUGAAAAGUGUGUGCGAAAUUGCAUCAGCCAAAAAGUUGAAAGAAGCGAACAGUUAAAAAACUCGGUGCUAAAGUUUUAACCGGCAGAGCUGGAAAAUUAUUUACAAAGUGCAAACUUUUAUUUAGAUUAUUCUUCAAACGCAAUAAAUAACUAAUUCCAACAACAAUGUCUUUAGCCAGUGUACAUGGACCUCAAUUCACGGCUAUUUACAGCCCAUUGGGACGCAGCAGUAUCAGCAUGUCGUCGUCGUUGUCCGACUUAGUCGGUAGUCCGUUGGAAAUUUCCGUGGACAACGUACUCACCAUUGAAGAGCUGCGUCAACAUAUGGGCUCCUGUUUUACAUGUGGUGUCUCCUGGACCGAUGACCACGUUUCGCUCGACUGCACUGAGUGCGGUGGAUAUAGUUUAGAGCGUCCCUGUCCCCUGUGUGAUGGCCAGUGUGGCGUGCAAUGGAAGCGUGAUUUUACUAUGUCGCAUGCCUGUGGCAAAGCUCGUUGGCAUGGUGUGUGUCCCAGCUAUCAUGAGGCAAUGACACAUUUAAAUCCACUUGAAGCUGCUGCUGCUGCCAAUGCCACUUCCUCCGCUGCUCCAUCUACCUGUGCCUCAGCGGCUACACACUUACGUUUGGCGCAGGAACUGUGUCUGCGUUUGGAACAACUUUCAGCUGGCGCUCAUACGUGAUUGCUUUAACAAAUGCUUUGAUAUUCGUAUAAGCGAGUGCAGCAGCGUCCUAAAUGUUCCUCAAGUUCAUCACUGAUUUAGAUAAAUCAAAUCAUCCCAACCUUCUGACAUACAGAAAUUAAUAUGUAAUACUUUCAUAUUUACAUAUGCUUACAUAAACUUCGAAAAUCAAUAUACACACUGUACACAAGAGAAGAUUUGCUGCAAUGUUAAUCUCCAGAAGAAAGGGUUUAUGAUUUCAAAUAAUUACAUUAUCUAUGUACAUAUUUAAGUUUCUAAUAUUUGUAAUUGAAAGCGAACUUUCUGUUAAGACUUACAUUCAUUCAGAGGAAAGAAGAAAAAUGACGUAUUUUGUAAUGCUUUUGUAAUGAUAAAUUAGGAUAAUUAAGUGCGAAGCAGUUACCGCAGCCUUUGGCAAAUGUAAUUAAGAGUCAAAAUAGUUGUGAAUUUUUAGCGGAAUCAGACUCAAAAAGAAAACAGAGGAGAGACUCAAAAAUAUUUAUGAAAACUGAAAUGGAUUGAAAUUUAAUUCAAAUAUAGUAGUUUACAACAAAAGCCAAAUUAAUUAUAAUUUGAAUAAAUGAGCCAUUACCAUGUUGCAUGUUAAAAAAAAAAUCGUAUUAAAAAAUAAUUAGAAGUCAAAACUGCUCAAUAUAUAUUAUUAUUAUAUAGUCACUACUGCUCUUAUACACAUACAUUUCGAAUGCUCAAUUGAUAUGCGCUGUGCCGUACGUACUUCUGUAUAUAAGGAAAUUUAAACUUACUUAUAGCUAGCUAUUGUUGAAAAAAAUAAUUUCGGUAUAAAUGCUUAGGCUUAAGAAAAUUAGUGAAAACACAAAAAUAAACGGAAUUAUGCGUUCUUAGAUUUUCUGUGAAAA